AUGUGGCCGCCCGUCUGGCUUCCCGUGCUUACGCAGCUGGUACUGCUGCGGUUCCUGGUGGCCCAGCCCAUGAAGCCCAUCAGGGUCUUUGUGGUUCCCCACAGUCACAUGGAUGUGGUCUGGAUCCACACUGUGCAGGAAAGCCCGUGGGCCUAUGCGGCCAACGUCUACACCUCUGUGGUGCAGGAGCUCAUACUCCAGAAGCAUCGCCGCUUCAUUGCUGUGGAGCAGGAAUACUUCCGGCUGUGGUGGGACGGCAUCGCCUCGGAGAGACAGAAACGCCAGGUCCGCCAUCUCCUGGCCACAAGACGUUUGGAGUUUGUCAUCGGGGGCCAGGUCAUGCAUGACGAGGCAGUGACCCAUUUUGAUGACCAGAUUCUGCAGCUCACAGAAGGACAUGGGUUCUUAUAUGAAACCUUUGGGAUCCGGCCACGGUUCUCCUGGCAAGUCGACCCCUUUGGUGCCUCUGCCACGACCCCCACCCUAUUUGCCCUGGCGGGCUUCUACGCCCACGUCAUCUCCCGGAUCGACUAUGACCUGAAGGGUGCCAUGCAGAAAAACCAAAGUCUACAGUUCGUGUGGCGAGGGUCCCCAUCCCUGGCGGCUGAGCAGGAAAUCUUCACGCACGUCUUGGACCAGUACAGCUACUGCUCGGAAGGCUUUCACUGGGAUGGCUCGACUCUCUCCCCAGAGCCUCCCCCAAAUAGGAAAUUCCUGGAUAUGAUUGAGCCUGUUGAUGAGAACAACAUUAGAUACUAUGUCAAUCUCCUUGUGGACCUUGUAAAGGAGCGGGCUGCCUGGUUCCGGACAUCACAUCUCCUCUGGCCCUGGGGGUGUGACAAGCAAUUCUUCAACGCCUCACUGCAGUUUGCCAACAUGGACAUUCUGCUGGACUACACCAACUCUUACAAAUCCAGGCUCGGCAUCUCUGUGGAGUACGCCACGCUGGCCAAAUACUUUGGUGCAUUGCAAGCUACCAAUAUCACCUGGCACGUCCGUGAGCACCAAGACUUCCUGCCCUAUUCCUCAGGUCCACAUCAGGCUUGGACCGGCUUCUAUUCAUCUUGCAACCAGCUCAAGGGGCUGGCCAGGCGAGCCAGCGCUCUGUUGCAUGCUGGGGAGUCCAUGUUCACACGCUCUGUGUGGCCGGUUCCCCACCAGCACCUGGACCUGGACUGGGCCCUGAAGCAGCUCCAGCAGCUCCGCUGGGCUGUCUCUGAGGUACAACACCAUGAUGCCAUCACUGGGACUGAGACCCCCAAGGUGAGAGACAUGUACAUGAAGAAUCUGAGGUCAGGGAUGCAGGGUGUGCACGAACUGAUGGCCUCCAUUGUCCAGGACAGGACCCCAGCGUACUCAGGUAAGGCCAGUUCUCUGUGUGCAGACCCAGAAGCUGGGGGACACAUUGCCGUGGUCUACAACCCCCUGGCUUGGAUGGUCACCACCCUUGUUACCCUGACUGUGGGCUUCUCCAGGGUCAAUGUCACAGAUGAGUUCGGCCAGCCAGUGGCUGCACAGGUCCAGGAAUCGAAGGAGAAGGAAACUGCUUAUGACUUGCAUGUGCUGACCACAAUCCCGGGCCUCAGUUACCGACACUAUAGUAUCAGGCGCGCCCAGGGGACCCAGGGUGUCACACCUGUCAAAACAUCCAAAUUUGUCCGCAGGACAAAGACACAUGCUGGUUCAGGGGGCAGGCACCUAAUUCGUGUGGAGAAUGACUGUUACACUGUGUUCCUGGACGCUGACACUAACCUCAUGCAUAGCAUCUUGGAGAGAGAGAGUAACAGCACAGUGCGGGUGACCCAGGAGUUCAUGGAGUACCAUGUCAACAAUCUUGAGUUUGAGGAAUUCAGUUCUAAUUACUACCUAUUUUCACCCAACGGGACCGCUGAGCCAGCAUGGGAGGGUGUGGAGUUGGAGAUUGUGGCGGGAAAGCUCAUGACCGAGAUCCGGCAGUUCUUCUACAGGAAGGAGAGAGACCGGAAUCACACAUAUGCCAUCUACUCCCGGCUCGUCCACGUGCCGGUUGGCCAUGGUGGGGAGCUGCUCUGCCAUCGCAUCGAGCAGGAGUACCGGGUGGGCCCCUUGGAGCUGAACCGUGAGGCCAUCCUGAGGACCAGCACCAGUCUCCACAACCGGCAAAUCCUCUACUCAGACAGCAACGGUUUCCAGAUGCAGCGGAGAGUCUUCCGGGAACACGCAACCAACAGCAUCGCUCGGAAUUAUUACCCCAUGGUUCAGUCCGCCUUCAUUGAGGACAGCCAACGCAGGCUGGUCCUGCUGUCCGAGCAGGCACAUGGCGUCUCCAGCCAAGGGAAUGGCCAGGUGGAGGUCAUGCUCCAUCGCCAGCUGUGGAACAACUUUGACUGGGCUCUGGAUUAUGACCUCACACUGGAUGACACCUCUGUUGUCCACCCCGUGCUCUGGCUCCUGCUAGGACCCCGGCCGCUCACCGCAGGCCUGCGCCAGAGGAGUGGGCUGGCACUGCAGCACAGACCAGUAGUGCUGUUGAGAGAGCUGAAUGAGAUUGCCCAGAAUCAUCCAAGCCCCCAGCAACAAGAGCCCGUGACCCUGCCCCCAAGUCUUCACCUGCAGAUCCUCAGCAUCCCAGGCUGGAACUACAGCUCCAACCACAGAAAGCACCUACAGAAUCUCCAGAAAGGCCAUGGAAGGAGGGCCAAGGCAGACCUCCACCGUGUCCUGCUGCGACUCCAUCACCUGUAUGAGGUGGGGGAGGACCCAGUCCUAUCUCAGCCCGUGAGUGUGAACCUGGAGGUCGUGCUGCAGGGGCUGGGACUGGUGGUGGAGGUGGAGGAGCGCUCACUCACAGGAACCUGGGAUGUGAGCACGCUGCACCGCUGGAGCUGGAGGACACGGGAUGGUCCCCACAGCAGAGGCAGCUCCAGCUCUCACUUGACAUCCCUGCAAGGCAUGAAGGUCACCAUUUACCCAAAGGAAAUCCGGACAUUCUUCAUCCACUUCUGUAGCAGUGAGCUCUUGGUUGACUCUGUGGCCUCAGGGCGACCCUGAGAGCCCCAGGAAGAGGAACAGGACCCAGGACAUGGAAAAGCAGCAUGGGAGGAUGAGCGAGGACCCUCCUGAUAAACUAAUG